AAGGUGGUGCAGGCUGGAUGGCAGUAUUCUGAGGAUAGAGUCGUGGUUGAUCAAGAUAUCAUUACGAGUCGGGGACCAGGGACUGCAAUACUUUUCGCGCUUACCAUUGUGGAGGAGCUCUGUGGGAAGGAGAAGAGGGAUGACGUUGCUGGGCCGAUGAUUGUUGCUGAGGCACUGUGA